CCUCGACAUCAUCAUCAGUAGCAGCAGCAUCAGCAGGCUGGCUGCGGCUGCGGCUGCGGCUGUCUCCUCUCACGACCCGUCCGCCUGCACCCAUAAUCCCCCGCGCCACGACAAGAUGGAAGAAAGCAGCCGCUGCCGCAGAGCGGUGUUUUGGCAAUAAAAUCCCCCAAAGCUGGGAAUACGGAGGCGCCGCGGGCACGUUCCGAGCCGUCUGCGGUCAUGUGUUGGGCGUUCUCCCGCAUUCCUCUUUAGAUCGAUUGGCCCGGCCCGCCCGCAGCGAAGCGACCACCAUGAGUAUUAUCCAAGACAAAAUUGGCAAUGAGUUUUUGCGCAACGGCGGCAUGGACCCCAACUUUGCGCCCGGCAUGCUCAUGUUCAGCCACCUGCCGCCCGUCACCAGCUUCACGCGGCUCACCUCGCAGUCGGUCAUGGGCGACCUCCCGCAGGAGAUGGUCCUCAAGAAGGAGCGCGACUCGCCCCCCGAGCACCAGAGCGCCAGCGCGGGGGGCUUCCUCCACAGCAUGGGCAUCAAGCAGGAGCGGCUCAGCGAGCUGGAUUAUCGCAUGCCUCUCUACGGCGGGGGCGGCGGCGGCGUGCCGAUGAACUGCGCCGGCGCGGGGAAGAGCGGCGGCGACGUGCCGGACAUGUCGUACGGCAACCACCACCAGAAUCACCACAACAUGCUCCUGCACGACCUCGGCCACAGCAACGUGCGCUCUCUCGGGGAACCGAUGUCGGGGCGAGCGCCGAAAGAGCCGAAAGAUGCCUCGGCCAAGAGAGGGAGGAGGACCAACGGGGACGGACAGGGAGGCAAAGCCCGGAGGAAACGCAGCGACGCCGCAAAGGCCACGAUGCUGGACGCCGACGGAGCCUGCCUGUCCCCCAACUCCAAACCGCAUAUCUGCGAGCACUGUAACGCCGCCUUCCGCAGCUCCUAUCACUUGCGCAGACACGUGCUCAUACACACAGAUCGCACAGGUGAGAGGCCUUUCCGGUGCAGUCAGUGUAACAUGAGCUUCAUUCAGAAGUACCUGCUCCAGCGGCAUGAGAAGAUCCACAGCGGAGAGAAGCCUUUCAGCUGCGACCAGUGCAACAUGCGUUUCAUCCAGAAGUACCACAUGGAGCGACACAAACGGACGCACAGCGGCGAGAAGCCGUACCGAUGCGAUACGUGCCAACAAUUUUUCUCAAGAACCGACCGGUUACUGAAGCACAAGCGGACUUGCGGAGAAGCCAUAAAGAAGGGCCUGGACCCCAACAUGCUGGAGCUCGGCGACGCCGAGCUGGGCCAGGGCAGCUAUUCGCUCACUCAGGGAAACGCCACCACCUCCGGGCGCAAGCGGGCCAGGGCCAAAAACGGAGAGGGCGGCGAGCGCAAGAGGAAGAAGGGCGCGGCCGCGUCCUCCGCGCCGCGCGACGUGAGCCUGCAGGACUACGGCAUGGAGCAGCCCUCGGGCUCCGCCACGCAGGGGCGCUCCCCCAAAUUGGUCUUUAAAAAAGCCGGCCGGAAGGGUUUGGACAAGGGCCUCCUUUCUCUCCAAGACGGCGCCGACGGCCAAAAGCCCUUAGGCCAAAAAGCCAGCAGCUCCCUGGAUCACGUGGAUGCUUCGGGGCUGGAUAACAUGGCUCUGCUCCAGGGAGGCGGGGGCACCAAGCAGGGUCUGGGUCCCGUCGCCGUCACCGCCGCCACCGGCAGCAGCAACUACGACGACGCUAUGCAGUUUGUGAAGAAGCGGCGAUACCUCCACGCCGUCAACAGCGACUACGGAGCGGGCGCGCUCCACAUGGCGUCGCAGGGGGGCGGCGUCAUCCAAGUUUCCCUGGGCCCCGAGCCCACGCUGGCCAUGCUGGACGCGUCCCCCCUGGAACUCAAGCACGACAAGUCGGGCAUCCCCGACGAGGUUCUGCAAAGCCUGCUGGACCACUACAGCCACAAGCCGGACGGGGCCCACCACCACCAGCACCACGACGUGGCGUUCGACCUGUCGGACCACCCGCACCACGUGGACCUCCAGCCGGCGGCGCCCGUCACCCCCGAGCUGGAGGACGACGCGGGCGACGCCGGGGGCGAUAAAACGGCGGUGAUGAGCGAGUACUCCAAGUUUCUCCUGCAGGCCCUGGAGCGCACCAGCCACAGCGGGCCCUUCGCCGGCCUGGGCGCGGCGGGGCCCUUCCCGCUCCUGUCCAGCGGCUCCAGUCCCACGGGGCCGCUGUUCGCCGACAAGCACGUCUACGGCGCGCCCCCGCUGGACUGCGGCUACCCGGCCGCCGUUUCCUCGCCGCUGCCCGUCGUCGCGCCCUCGUCCGCGUCCGCCUCCGCCCCCUCCUCCUCCUCCUCCUCCUCCUCUUCGGCCGCCUCGUCCAAGUCCCACUACGGCAUGCUGGUGGGCUCCCCCUCCCAAGCGGCCUUCCACCUCACGCUGGAGCCGGCCGGCCACCAGCAGCUCACGCCGUCUCAGGAGCUGACGGAGCAGCUGGAGAAGCAGCACUCGCCCGGCGCCUUCAGCCUCCCUCCCCAGGAUCUGACCGCCCAGGCGGAAAGCUCCAAGGGGCAACGGGCCAAGGCCGGGGGCGGCGCCGCUUCCGGCUACUCGGACCUGUCCCCCCUGAAUCCCCCGAAAGAAUCCGCCACGUACCAGAUUGAAAAUUUCGCCCAGGCCUUCGGCUCCCAGUUCAAGUCGGGACGCCGCACCCCUCUGAGCUACGGCGGCGACCCCGGCGCCGAGGUGGACCACAGAAUACGGACUCCGGUCUCAGAGUUCUCAGGGUUUACCAGCUUGUUAGCUGACGUCACUGAGCCGGUGAGUACAGGAUCAAAAACCCCGACAAGCCAAAGUUUCAGAUAAGGGUCAAAUGAGGUGAGCCCGCUGGGGAAGGGGAGGGGGGGCUGUUUUUGCUUCCCCCCCGCCCCCGUCCACACACACACACACACACACACACACACGCAUCCCAAUUUUGUUCUUGUAGCAAUGUUUUUUUUUUUUUCAACACUGCCAUUAAAUGUUGAUGCAAACAUGACCAGGGAGGGUCUUCCAUGGCCUCAAAUGCAAUGUUUUUCAUUCUUAUUUUUAUGAAACAUGAUUUUUGUCGCUUACAUGUUGUUGGGAAAAUGUAGUGGGGGUUGGUUUUUUUUUUUUUGGGUGGGGCUGGGGGCCGGCAUAAACCGUAGAUUUUAAAUGUAAUUUAAAACAUUUUGGAGGGUAGAGAUGAACUUGCAUUUAUUACUUUCGAAACCCUCGUUUUACCAAUCAUCAUACCUUUGUAAAGUAAUAACGUUCAUAAUUACAAAAAAAACACCACACACAACACUUGUGGCAGGGAAAGCCCAGAACUCACGUGGCAAAAAAAAAAACAAACAAACAAACAAAAGUAUAUAUUGUCUGUUACAAGAAACAUGAACUCAGGAAAUAGGCAACAUUGUGUGAUAAGACUUUGUAUGAUGAGAUGCAAUUAGCACAGUUUUUACAGGUGUACUUUGAAACGACAGAGCUUUGAUUUUUUUAUUUUUUAACGUUUCAAUUUUACUCCUGGCGCUCAUGUUUUGGCUCUCCUGCGUGUUUCAGUCCAAAAGAUGGUACUGUUGCGUGUCAAUGUGAAACCAGCAUGUCGAAAAGAGUUGCAUUGAGACCCGUGUGACUGAAAACACAAAAGCCAGCAAGCGAACCGCAACAGUCACCUCACUUUUUUCUUUUUUCGUCAAUGGAAUCAAACGAGCACUUUUUUUUCCCCUCCAAACAUAUCAUCAGAAACAAUAACCCAUUGGAUUUUCUUUGACUCUUGGGGUAGAAAUAAAUAAUGUGUAUUUUCAAAGGAGAAAACUGUGAACGAGGGUUUUGACAGGGCGGGCUGAUGAUUUUAAUGGGCAUUGGGGUUUGUUUGGUUUUUUUUGGGGGGGGGUCGACUUUCUUGCGGUUUGUCAGGUGAUGUAAAAAUGGAUUUGCCAUAAUUUUGUGAUCCAAUAUUUUGAGAGUAGCUCUUUGUAUUUAAGUGUUUCUCCAGAGCUCGGCUGACGUGCUGGAACUUUUCUCUCUCGCUCAGUUGUUUUUUUUUUUUGUAUUUAUUCUCCACGAGCCGCCACACACCUUUUGUAGCACCAACGCAGCAGAAGAGUUAAUUUAUCCGACACUCCUCCGGAAUAUGCAUCGGUCCUGAACUCCCGAGAACGAACAAUGGCCUUCUUUGUCUUCCGCGGUUCAAGCCGUUCUCUCGGUCCCGGCGGCCGGGCUUGAUGUCGGGUUGAGUUGAUUUCCCGUUGGCCUCAACGGCCCGGUUUGCCCCAGCCGUACCUCCCCGCUGGUUUUCGGUGACUCGGAAGCUGCGAGGCGAAAAAGGAAAAAUGAAAAAAACUUGACCGACCAGCCGCUUCCCUCCAAACACACUAUGCUUUGAACGGAAACGGAGAGAAAAAGACGAUAAGAUUGACUAAAUAUACCUCAUAUCACUAAAGCGUAAGAAAGCAGGGACGCGCGUUUCAUUGUAUGUAGUGGAAAUCUUUGUAGGAUAGCUUGGACAUGUUGUGUCAUCAUUUUUUACACUGCCCGUGUUUACAAUGAUAGAGCAAGUGACUUGUCAAAAUGCAAAAGGUAUGAUUUGAAAAAUGUUUUGUCAUUGCUUUUUUGUUGUUGUUGUUGUUGUAAUGUAAAAACACCCAUGCCAAGCAGUGUUGCAUUCUAGAUGCCUUGUAGAACUUUUUCUUUCUCUCAUGGUAUAUCCCCCUUAUUUUUGUUACUUGCCAUCACGUGUUUUUGAUAUGAACCCUAGAAGGAUAUUGUUUACAAAAACGUACAAAAACACUAAAAAUGUGUCGGUUUUUUUUUUUUGGUUCAUUUGUUUUUGAUUUUUUUUUUUUAUCAAGUAUGCAUGAUUUUUAUGGCUUUUUUUUUUCGUGACGCUCACCUCAAUACCAAAUGUUGUAGCAGAAGCCUCCCCUUUCCUUUGUCUCAUUAGUACUAGACCCUCGUGACAUGAUUUCCCGGGCUCGACCUGUUAUUGAGAUGAUGAACGGAUUAGAGAAGCCAAUAAAAACCUUUUUUU